UCAAUCACUUGGUGUUUUCGCUUUGUACCGUACGCACUGAUGUUAGUUUGCUCUCUGACGAUCUGAAUUUUGUUUUGUGGACUUUUGUUUGCCUAGUGAAAAUACGUGAUUUACAUUGGAUUGACGACUAUUGCGACCCUAACGGACUUCGAGACUUAUUCUACGAGCUAAAUUUAUUGAUAACAUCAUGCCCAGAAAGAAGAAAAAUGAUAUAUGGGAAAACUAUUUACAUUCAGCAACCACUAAAACGGUUAAGUGCAAGCAUUGUGAUAAAGUUUAUCAAUUUGCUAACGUCAACAAGAUGGCCAACCAUUUGUUAAAAUGUUAUAAAUGUCCAGUGGUUAUCAAGAACAAACUGAAGACAACACCGGAAACGAAUACACCUGCGAUAAAUAUGCCCCGGCCAGAUGUAUCACUGAUUGAGACAUCACCAGACCAAAGUAUGAUAGAUGCUAAUACUAGCUCUACUAGUACAAAUUCAGAACCAUUAAUAUCCGCAGAAAAGAAACUUUACCUGGAUCAGCUUUUAUCAAAAGCAAUAUUUGUUACCGGUUCUCCUUUGUCCAUGGUUGAACAUCCGCUGUGGGUAAGAUUUUUUAAUGAAUUGCAACCAAUUUACAAGUUGCCAUCUAGAAAAGCAAUCUCAACUACACACCUGGAAGCCACUUAUAAUGAGAUGUUAAAAGAAAUUACUGAAGAGUUGAAAACUACAAAUAAUUUGCAUCUGCAGUGUGACGGCUGGAGCAAUCAACGCAAUGAAGGAAUUAUAAACUUUAUUAUUGCAAAACCGGAGCCCGUUUUUGUAAAAAGUCUCAACACUCUUAACAACCGACACACAAGCGAAUAUCUUUGUCAAGAGAUAAUUAAAGUUAUGAAUGAGUAUGGAGGACAAAAAUUUGUAACUCUUAUCGGAGAUAACGCUAACAAUAUCCAAAGAGCAUUUCAGAUGGUAAAAGAAUCCUAUACAAACGUAAUACCGCUUAGAUGUAUAGCACAUACCCUAAACUUACUGUGUGAAGAUUGCUUAAGGCCAGAACCUGUAAAAGCAUUCAUAUCGAUUGCAAUUGACACUAUAAAGGCAAUCAAAAGAAGCCAAGCUAUGAGUGCUUUACUAGCCCUGAUAAUUAAAGAUAAAGGAUCAGGCGAAACAUUAAAAUUGCCUGGGAAAACCCGCUGGGGUAGUUAUUGUACGGCACUUAAAAGCUUAAAGAAUUCAAAAGUGGCAUUACAGACAUUAGCAGUUCACGAAAAUGCAGUUAUUACCCAUGAAAUAAAGAGCAAUUUAUUAGAUCCCAGUUUUUGGACUAUGACUGAACAUUGCAUUAAAUUGUUGGAACCGAUAACGGACAAAAUUUUCAAAUUGGAAGGUAAUGGAAUACUAAUAAACGAGGUAUUCAUGGCUUUCAGAGACAUUGAAUCAACAUUUAAUUUCAUAAUACCCGAAAUUACUAUGUUAAAUGAUGAGCAUAAAGAGUUCAUUACUGAAGCUCUAACCAGAAGAACUAAUAAUUGCUUAAAACCUAUUCAUUAUGCUGCAUAUAUGUUAGAUCCAAGAUCGCAAGGCAUUGAACUAAAUGAAGAGAGUGAGGUGGAUGCUAUGGAAUUUAUACAUGAUGUGGGCCAAUCUCUUAAUAUUGACAUAGGCGUCGAUCUAGCCAAUUACAGAGCUAAAAAUGGUUUAUGGAGCAAACCAUUUCUUUGGAAACACGUUGCCGAAAUGGAUCCAGUUGUUUGGUGGAAAGGACUUUGCGGUUCCAAAUUGCUGAGCAGGGUUGCAGUGCGAAUUUUGACUGCUCCAUGCACUUCUGCAGCCACUGAACGGUCUUUUAGUACACAUGCACAUAUUCAUAGUCACAAAAGAAAUAGAUUGACUACAGACAGAGCAGCAAAGAUUGCAUUUAUCUCAUACAAUUGGAAUCUACUACAUAAACAAAAGGAUAAUAAUGACGAAAAUGACGACCCCUUAUCUUCUCCUACGAUUCCAAGCAGUCCAGUUCCUGAUGAGCGACCAUCUACAUCGCGAGGAAACGAAGCCGAAAUAGAAUUCUUCGAUAUAGCUAGAAUAUCAGAUUCCAGUGAAAACGGUAGCGAUAGCGACUAAAAAUCUAAUUUCUUUAAUUGGUUAAUGUUUAAUUUGAUUCUAAUUUGUUAUAUAGUCCUACUUCUUAAUAUGCCAAUAAUACCUAUUUAAUAAUUUUGUUUUAAAUAAAUAUGAAUAUUAUUGAUUUUUUUUUUUAUUCUGUAUAAUUCCAUACUAUUAGCUGUUACACAUACUGGUACACGUACAGUCACAAGCUUAAAUUUGGGACACACCUUAGGUUGAAUAUCGUGUAGCAAACUUCCGAUAUUUAGAGCUUGACAUUCAACAUUAUUGCACUAAACUGUAAUGUUCACAGAAAAUUUAACGAAAAUGGGCCACAAAUUAAAGCUCGCGACUGUACCAUAUUUACAGCAAAUCGGCCAUACCAUAACGAGAUGGAGUCCAUAGUUCAUUGCCGCGCGGGAAACUGAUUUCUACUCGUAGUCAUCGCUAAAGCGUCUAUGAACUACGAACUCCGUCUCGUUAUGGCUUCGCCGAUUGAGUUUCUAUGAAAAUGGUACCUGGUAAUAUGUUUAAUCGCAGUGUAUAGUUUUUUUCACAGCGCCGCGGGUCGGUUCUUACAGAUCAAAAUACGUAAUAGUAACAAAAAUGAAAAUACCCGUCGUUUGGGUUUUUUCCCAUAUAAAUACCCGGUUUUUUCCCAAAUGGGAAAAAACCUGGGUAUUUUCCCAUCGGGUAUUUUCCCA